AAGUCGUGACCCUUAGAAUUAAUAUAAUAAUCCAACUCACUCAUACCACUAUGAAGCUCUAGGAUGGAAUAGUUAACUACGAUCUACCUAUGAUGCUAUAACCCAUAGUACGCAAGCGAGAGGCACGUAUUAAAUGAGUUGAUAAUUCCCCGCAAUGUCUGUACCUCCGGGGGGUUGGGUCUGUGACUGCUGGGCUGCGACUCUUCGUGUUAUUAACCAAUCCGAAGCGCCUUUCCAACCCCGAUCUCCUUCUUCCUCACAGCAUCUACCCCGAAGCAUGUCGCUUAGCGAUGUGCUCACUCUCGGCCGCAACCUUCUCCAGCAUUGGGAACUCUUGAACGGCUGCGCUAGCUCUGACACCCAUCUUAAUCCGUUGGUCUUUCGCUUCAUAGCCGACACUAUUGGCCGCAUUCUAACUUUGCACGAAUUGGCUAUCGAGGGUUUGUCAAAAAGGGAUGCGCCGGAGCUGAGUGUUUGGCAGAGUUCCGGUACCAGACCCAAUUUGAACAUGUCCGGAAAUGCCAUGUUGCCGAUUCGGAAUACAGCACCGACGUUUAUUUCUAGCCUGGAAUUAGACGAUGAGGAAGAAAUUGCCAUCGUCGGUCGGGAAGCUUUGAUACAUUCUCUUAUGCGUCUUGGGGCUGUACUACAAGAUAUCGAAGAGGAAACUCGCCAGUUUGAUCAGGGCCAGUUUACUGUUGUAGAUAAACCGCUGCGAGAUAAAGAGAUAAAAGAGCUCAUUGGGAGGUUGUUUCGCCUAUUAGGAAAGGCCAAUUAAGUCGGGAGGAUGUAUGAAGCACGCAGGUAUAUUUACUUCAGAUAGAAACAUAGAUCUGAGUAUCAUCUGAAGAAUCAAGACUUUAACAUGAUUCUGUUA